AUGCAAGUCAUUCGCAGCCUUUAUCACCAAAGCAUCUUGCACCGUUUCAAGAACCAAUAUGAGGCCCAGGAGACUCGGGUUCCCAUGCUUCAACCUUUGUCAGAAGAUCAGCUACAUGAUCUUGUUGGCCGAUUGGUUCCUGACCCAACGGUUUUCGUCCAAGGGGUCCCUGUUCCCGAGGAGCCCGUGGAACCAAUCAUUGACCAGGAAGAGAACGAGUACGUGGUUGUGGGGACAACACGAGCCCGUAGAAAGAACCCGCGCAGCCCCGUUUAUUACAUUGUUGAUGAACAAGACCAAAUCGUUGUGAAUCCAGUGACAGGGAAACGUUGGGCCUUCUGUCCCAUAUGCCCCAAGGUGUUUGAGGACGAAAGUUCUGUCUAUCGACAUGAUGAUAUCCACAAGUCGGAACGUCACCAAUGUCCUCUCUGUGACAGAAGUUCCGUUCAAAGAUACAACUUGAGGAUCCAUAUGGAAACCCACAUCGGAAUGGACGUGCCCAAGGUUGUCAAGGACAUGUUACCCAACGACUUCAGAGGGGUUAUCGAUGGUAAUCCUGACUUCAUUAACCCUGCAAAGUUUCACAGGAAACUUGUGAGAGCCUUGAAAAAAAGGAUCAAGGCCACCACUUGCAUGCAAACUGUCCAAAGCCUUCAAAGCAAAUUGUUGUCGUUGGAACAUGGUAACCCGUGA